AUGAUGCAGUUCAUACCAGAUACUACACCUACAAUACUUGCUGACAAUAAUGAGCGUGCAAAGUUGAUAAAUGAAGAGUGGAGGAAUGAUGGUGUAAGAGUGGCAGAGAGCACAGUGCCGGAUGGUGCACUGGGCUGUUAUGCUACAAAGUCUUACUCGACAGGUGACCUGAUCAUCAAGGCCAGACCGUACUGCUGGGCAGUGGUGAAUAACGUGACCGAACAUAUAUGCGAUCGAUGCUUCAAGUUUGUGCCUGAACGCAAGCUGGACCGAUGCAGUAGUUGUGCGUUGGUGUACUACUGCUCGCGACAAUGCCAGGUCGACUCUUGGUCAGACUUGCACAAGCACGAAUGUCCACUCUUCCUCGAUAUGAACAAGAAAACAAAGCAUCCUCCACCUCGGGACAUGAUCAUGGUGGCGCGCAUGCUCAUCCGGACCAAACUACAACGCGACAACCUAAGCAAAGAUGACAAGACCAUCGUUGGAUCAUACCUUGUCUGUGAACAACUGAUACCAAAUACUGGCAAGAGAAGCUCGAAGGAAUAUGAAAUAGAUGUUGCCAUGUCCCGCGCGGCAACUGCACUACUCACCAAAGCGACAAUCCCAACAGUGGACAUUGAGAAGAGCAAGAUUGUCCUUGAUUACUUGUCCAAAUCAUCACGUAAUGCAUUCCAAGUCGGUGGAGGACGCAUGGAGAAGGGUGUAGCAAUGUAUCCAUUCAUCUCUCUAUUGAACCAUUCUUGUCAACCCAAUGCAGUCCAAUUGUUCUGUGGUAGUAUAUGCGAGGUUAGAGCGCUGCGACCCAUUAAGCAAGGCGAGGAAAUACUCAUUUGUUAUUGUACUCAAGAACAAUCACAUGAAGAAAGACGUGAGGUCCUAAAGGACUACUUCUUCUUUGAUUGUGCAUGUCCCAAGUGCAUGGACGUCAUCAACAACAAUCGUUUGGACAUGUACUUCAAGUGCAAUGCGUGUCCAGAGGGACGUGUCGACGUCACAAUCAAAGAUGGCACAUCCAGAGCAUACUGUUUGUCUUGUAACAAGCAAUACAACAAUGCCCAGCUAAAGAAAUACCAGGACAUGGAGAAUAUGGCCAAGGACUAUCUUAAACGAACCAAAGACGUCCCAUUUGGCAAGGAAAUGGUUAAGUUUAUAAAGGAGUUGGCACCAAUGUUGGCAUAUCUUCAUCCUGGACACAAUGUAUACCAACAAAUCAUUGCACUGUUGCAACCAAACAUUACAGAUGGAGUUGGACCCGAUGACAACCUGGCAAUAUAUCGCCAGAAUCCAUUCUUUGUCCAAGUAUUGAUUUACACCAUACAAUACUAUAUUUAUCACCUUGGUAUUGAUCACCCUGUUACCUCGGACUUCUGCUUCACACUCGGUGGAUACCUAAAUGUAAUUGGACAACAAGACCAAGGAGAAGAGAUGAUGUACAAUGCCAGACCCAACCUUGUUCGAUUCAACUUCCACCAGAAUUAA